GACUGAGUUUGGAAGCUGACCUGCAGCAUCACGCAAGACCGGCCAAUGAUGGGCAUGAGGUUGCGAGCCUUGUUGCCUUUCCAGCCGGGUCUGUGACGCGGCCGCCCGGGCUGGGAUGGAAGGAUGAGCGGAGGGGGAGGCAAUGGAAGCAGGUCCGUGACGUUAGCAGGCCCGCACCCUCCUCUGAGGUAAUCGAGAGAUGUUAUUGGUGCAACAGCCUGCCAAGCUUCCACUACUGCACAAAACCCAAGGCUUAUCCGGGGUUUCAGCCAAUAGAAGUGCCUAAUCCCCUGGCCGCAAAAAAGAUGGGCCGCGCAAUCACGGGGGCUGAGGCCGUGGCAAUUGCUAUUCUAGGCAGCCAGAUUUGCAUCCGCGAUUGGCUCCAACGUUGCUGUUCCUGGCAGGUCCAAAUGGGUGAUGACGCUUUGAGUCCGCACAUCAUCAGGGGCCGCCCCAAAUUCUGUCAGGGUCUCGCUCGAUCCGGCAUGCCCGUGCCUGAUGCAGUGUUUCAUCCUCUGGAAUGUAUGAGAUGCUCUGUCAGCGACGAAUCGAUAUCGCGGCCAUUGUUAAUUGUUUCUCCGAUCGCCAUUUCAUGUUUUGAAUGUCAACGUCAGCUGUGCAUUCUCCCAGCUUCCAGAAAGGUGGGCCAUGGCUCCAAGGUCGGAUUUAAGCGUCCACUUCCAUUGAUCAUCGGAAUUGACUUCCACAUGAAGCAAAGGUGUAGCUUAAUCUGCAGUAUUAGCUUCCUGACGUGCGAUGGCACGAGGUUGACACUUCCGCUGUGGUACUUUAUUCUACUCUGGGCUGUGCCUGUUCUGCGUUCAAUGCCUUUACAAGCUUACAUCUUGCCAAUGCGAUUGAAGUUCUACAUUGGUGCGUGGAAUCCCCCCCUUGUCGUAUUUUGUGGAUAUAUUUGUCAGGACCCGCUCCUGGUGCGCUGCUUCAUGCCACUGGAAGCUAUUGAAGGAAGCCGAAAGCGCAUUUACAACAAUAUGUUAGAAGACAUUCUCCAGGACUUCCUAGAAACGCUCACACAUUUACGGAUGCGCACUUGGGUGGAAUCGCCCGUAGACCUCAACAUCACUUACAAGAGAACUUGUUCAGUGAAUAGUGAAAAUGCGAAGGGCAGUGGUGUGGGUACAACUAUUAUAUGCUAG